AUGUCCAAGGAAAUCGUAAUGACAGGUCACGAACAAAGUAUCGAGAUCAAUGGAAGCGUGUUGGAGAUUAAACCCCUUGGAGCAGGCCGCGAGGUCGGAAGGUCUUGCUUUGUCUUGAAAUAUAUGGGCCACAACAUCAUGUUGGAUUGCGGAGUCCACCCGGCGAAGAAACACGGGGAAGACGCGCUUCCGCUGUUUGAGUACGGAGACGUCGACUCAAUCGAGUUGCUGUGUGUGACACAUUUCCACGUCGACCAUUGUGCCGCGCUGCCUUAUUUAGUGCUCGAGAGGAAUUAUAAGGGUAAGAUUCUGAUGACCCCUCCAACAAAAGAGAUCUUCGGAGAGUUGUUCAAAGAAUUCCACCAAAUGUCUUCAACGAUCCAACCACCGAAACCAGUGUCUCCAAAAGAAGUGUUGGAACGCAUCGACACUAUUAAAUUCCACGAGAUGCAAGAGUUCAACGGAAUGAAAAUCUGGUGUUUUAACGCAGGACACAUCCUCGGGGCCGCAAUGUUCUGUUUGGAAAUCAACGGUGUCAAAAUAUUGUACACCGGCGAUUUCUCGGGAGAGUCAGACAGACACAUGCAUUCAGCAGAAGUUCCACCAUUUGAAAUUGAUGUUAUGAUUUGCGAAAGCACGUAUGGCAUUAUGGACCAAGAGCCUCGUGUCGACAGAGAAAACAGAUUUGUCAAGCAAAUAGUCGAAAUUUUGAAGAGAGGAGGAAAGUGCUUGAUACCCGUUUUCUCACUUGGACGCGCACAGGAGUUUGAAUUGAUUUUGGAGGAGUACUGGCAGAGCCAUAAAGAGCUUUGGGCGUAUUCCAUAUUCUUUUUCUCGUCUAUUGCGAAGAAGUGUAUGACAUAUUUUGAGAAAUACACGUCAUUCAUGAACCAAGAGUUGAGAAAGAGGAAACGACAGGCAUUUAAUUUUAAAUUUAUUAGAGAUGGGAGUUCCAGUGUUGACGACUCCACGAUUGAUAACCAUCCAUGCGUCGUCUUGGCAUCGCCUGGAAUGCUGCAAGAUGGGUUUUCAAGAACCUUGUUUGAGAGAUGGUGCACUGACAAAAACAAUGGUGUCAUUAUUCCAGGGUAUUGCGUCGAAGGAACGUUGGCAAAACAAAUCAUCAACGAUAGCUCAAAACCAUUCACAAGCACGACAGGCGAGGUUAUCACACCCAAAUGCAGUGUUGUCGAAAUUUCGUUCUGCGCACACAGCGACCACGUCCAUACAACCAACUUCAUCGGAGCUGUAAAACCAAAGCACCUUGUUUUAAUCCACGGUGAAAGAAAGAGUAUGGAACAGCUUUACAACUCGUUGAAAAAGACGUACCCUGAUUUGAACAUUUAUAUGCCCGAAGUUUCACAAGCAAUACAAAUCCCUUUGCAGGUGAAACAUGAAGUUCAGUUGCUUGGGGAAAUUGCAGAAAAAGUUAUCAAAAUGGAAGAAGAGAAAAAGCAAGAGGAGUUGAAGGCGGAAGAAACAAAGCAAGAUGAGAAUGAACCCAACAAAACAGAAACAAACGAGGAAAAAGAUGAAAAGAAGUCCACUGAAAGUACAAUAGUCUCGAAGAAAAUGGAGGUUGAACCGAUUAUCAACGGAGUUUAUUUACAGAACACAAAAGACGUGACAACAGUGAUUGUGCAGCCAAAAGACAUCGAGCGCUUUUCUACAUUUCACUCAAAUCAAAUCACACAGAAUUUGUAUUUCCCGUGUUUGGUGCCAUACAACGAAGCGCUUGAUGCACUCAAAGGAUUUUACCCCGAGUUGUUGUACGAUGAAACUUUGAAAUUGGCGAAUAUUAAGAAUGUCAAAAUUAUGUUAAUGGAUGGCGAGUUGUGUAUCACGUGGGACAAAGAUAUUAUCACUGAUUUGUUUGUGGACCACAUUGUGUUACUUUUGAUUGAGAUGGGCAUCAGCGAGAAAAAGGAACACAUAAGAAAGAUCCCAGACAUCCAAGCAGUUUCGUUUGAGGCUGUUAUGAACAUUGUUCAGAACAAAUUUGAGAACGUGUUUCUCCUCAAAGGGAAGGACGAGAUCAAAAAAAUUAAAGACGAAAUCAAACACAAGAAUGGACAGCCCGUUUCAAACAAAGAAAUUCCCGAACAAAGAGAAGAAAAAGUUGUUGAACAAAAAGAAAAGACUGAGGAUGCGCCGAAAGAAGAAAAGAUAGAGAAUCAACCAGUUGCAGAAGAGAACGACGGGUUUGAAGACGACACGACUCAGAGUUACAUUGUUGUCAAAGAAAAGGACUCUUCUCUUAUUCUGAAGUACCCAAGUUGUCACGUGUUUGGGUAUGACGAAGAUCUUCUCAAGCGGAUGAAAAUACUUGCGCCAAGGCUUAAAAUGUUGGCACAGUCAACUUUUUAA